CAGCGCCACUUCAAAGGUACGACUUCCUCACACCCACAAAUUCUGCAUCGUACGUAGUAUCAACCUCCAGCACAACAGAAUGCACAUCGCGUCCGGACUUCGACACGAGUUCCGAAGCGUCACAGGAGACGCGUCCACAUGCAAUGGAAGACGUCAUAGCGCGUUUUCAACCUCGGCAUCCGACCAAGAAACCCCGUGAACGGACCGCUCCGCAAGCUAAUGAUGGAUUGACGGCCAACAGGAUGUCCGCGGGAUUGAGACACUCUCCUUCUUGCAUGAACAACCACGACGAGAGACAUAGUUCGCGCCGACGUUGACCGAUACCUGCUAUAUUUUGCGCCAUAUCACGAACAGUUUCCACAACCUCCCACUGCGCGCACGCAGCUUUGCGACACCCAUAAUUCGCGACCAAAAAAGAGCAGCAACAUGGGGAAGUCAUUCGACCCCGCUAAGGACAUUGGCAGUCUCGAUGGGAAGGUCAUCCUCGUCACAGGUGGCAACGCCGGCUUAGGCAAACAGACCAUCGCAUACCUCGCUGCCCAUGACCCCACGCGCAUCUACCUCGCCGCUCGUACCGAAUCCAAAGCCCGCGAUGCCAUUACCGACAUUAAGAACAGCGUGCCAAAUGCCUGCGAGAUCGUAUUUCUGCCGCUCGACCUGACGUCUUUCUCGUCCAUUGCCGACGCAGCAUCGACAUUCAAGAGCCAGGAAUCGCGACUCGACAUCUUGAUCAACAAUGCCGGUAUCAUGGCGCCGCCAUACAGCACCACUAAGGAAGGAUACGAAAUACAAUUUGGCACGAACCACAUGGGCCACGCGCUGCUCACGAAACUCCUUAUCCCGACAAUGCUAGAGACGGCGAAACAACCCGGCGCAGAUGUCAGAAUUGUGAACCUGAGCAGUAUGGGCCACCAGAUGCCCGUAUCAAAUGGCAUUGAGUUUGACCAGCAAGCGCUCGAGAAGGAGAGUACCUGGCGUCGCUACGGCUCCUCUAAGUUGGCGAACAUACUAUUCGCUCGCUCCCUGGCGCUGGAGUACCCUACGAUAACAUCCGUCUCCUUACACCCUGGUGUCAUUCUGACGGAUCUCUUCACCAACCUCCGCACGAAUAUAUUCAUGAAGGUUGGCCUGUACAUCUAUGGCAUCAUUGGUAUGAUACUGCCGGGUCAUUACCAGAGUCCGGAAGGAGGUGCGUUGAACACGACUUGGUGUGCUACGACCGCAAAGGACGAACUGGAGAAUGGAGCAUAUUACAUGCCAGUGGGGAAGAAGAGUUCUGGCAGUUCAUUCGCGAGAGACGAGGGGCUAAGGAAGAAGUUGUGGGAGUAUACGGAGGCGGAGUUGCAAAAGCAUGGGUAUUGAAAUCGGAACAACUUUGUACUAAUAAAAGCAUAAGAGGAACAUGUACGAAGCACUGCUCGUUG